GAGGACCUGGAGAAGUUCAAGGCCCUGAGAGUGAUCGUGCGGAUAGGCAGCGGCUACGACAACGUCGACAUCAAGGCUGCAGGCGAGCUCGCCUCCAUCGUCUCACCCCCUUCCUUGGGGGGGGGUCGCUAGACCCUGUACAAGAGGAGAAGAGGGGUUAUGACAGCGGUGGCUUCCCACGGGCACCCCAAGCCUUUGCUUCCAGCCUCAGCAUCACUCUGAGCGCCUCUUUGUCGCCACGGAGAAACUUGGGAGGAUGCGAGCCUUCAGAAGCAAGUCUACCGUAAACUGAAAUUUUCCACUUUUCCCUGGCACCGAGAAGAAUGUUUUUGUUUGACAACAAAUGUUCUUUGUGCUCUUGAUAGAGCUGAAAUCCCAAGCUCGAGCGGUGACAGAGAAUGUGGCUUGGCACCCCGGGUGGCUUGCGACCCUUCCCCUUCACCUGCCUCCCGUCUCUGCAGCAUCUGCCCCUCGUGACGCCGCCACCCGCAAUGCGUGCCACAUUGGGCUUCCUUGCCAGGACCCGGCCGCUUCUCUCUGGGGGGGGCGGGGGAGGGGGAAGAUGGGAUCGGGAGGUGCCCGCGAGGGAACGUCCCAUCUCCGCAGUUGUAGAAGCUGCUUCGCGGGCAGACUCGGGGCCCGGCUGGGGCGGCCGUGUCCCCGGAGUACCCCCCCCAGAGGCCAGCCGGGGGCCUGCGAUGUUGAAAGAUGUAAACAGCAUGUCCGUGGUGGCCUUUUCGUUGAUCCUGGUCCAAUCUGACGAGGGAGCUGCUUCGGGGACAGCUGCUGGGCCGUUCCGAAGGCAGUUUUCAAAUGUGGACUCCGCGGAAGGAAAAUGGGCCCCUGUCCAGCCAUCCUUUGUCUCCAAAUGCACUUCGCAGCUCAUUCGGUCAGCUGACCUGUACUGAGGACAGAAGAGCAGGUGGCUCAGGGAUCGCCGUAUGCAACAUCCCAUCCGCGGCCGUGGAAGAGACGGCCGACUCCACCAUCUGCCACAUCCUGAACCUGUACCGGCGGAACACGUGGCUGUACCAGGCGCUGCGGGAAGGCACGCGGGUGCAGAGCGUCGAGCAGAUCCGGGAGGUUGCCUCGGGGGCAGCCCGCAUCCGCGGGGAGACGCUGGGCCUCAUUGGCUUCGGUCGCACGGGGCAGGCGGUUGCUGUUCGAGCCAAGGCCUUUGGAUUCAGCGUCAUAUUUUAUGACCCCUACUUGCAGGAUGGGAUAGAGCGGUCCCUGGGCGUGCAGAGGGUCUACACCCUGCAGGACUUACUGUAUCAGAGCGACUGCGUCUCCUUGCACUGUAAUCUCAACGAACAUAACCACCACCUCAUCAAUGACUUUACUAUAAAGCAGAUGAGGCAAGGAGCAUUCCUAGUGAACGCGGCCCGCGGCGGACUGGUGGAUGAGAAAGCCUUAGCCCAAGCCCUCAAGGAAGGCAGGAUACGAGGGGCGGCCCUCGACGUGCACGAAUCGGAGCCUUUCAGCUUUGCCCAGGGUCCCCUGAAAGACGCACCGAAUCUCAUCUGUACGCCCCACACGGCCUGGUACAGUGAGCAAGCCUCACUGGAGAUGAGGGAGGCGGCCGCCACCGAGAUCCGCCGGGCCAUCACAGGUCGCAUCCCAGAGAGCUUAAGAAACUGUGUGAACAAGGAAUUCUUUGUCACAACAGCUCCCUGGUCAGUAAUAGAUCAGCAAGCAAUUCAUCCAGAGCUCAAUGGUGCCACAUACAGAUACCCGCCAGGCAUCGUGGGCGUGGCUCCGGGAGGACUUCCUGCAGCCAUGGAAGGGAUCAUCCCCGGAGGCAUCCCGGUAACCCACAACCUCCCCACGGUGGCACACCCUUCCCAAGCUCCCUCUCCCAACCAGCCCACAAAACACGGGGACAAUCGAGAGCACCCCAACGAGCAAUAGCAGAGUGACGGAAGGUAAUCAUUCAGAUACACCUGGGACCAAGAGACAGUGGGAAAUAGAUGAGCUAAGAGGAAAGGAACUUGACAGUCUUUUUAACUGCUUCUGGACAUACGCAUCAUUGACGCUGCAGUGUUAAAACUACAAAAGAGCUCGAAGCCGAGACGUGGGAAAACUGAAGAUGUCGUCUGCUUGCGGAAGCGCUGAAAAAGACUAGGACGUGAUUUAUUAACGACCAACUUGUUAUUGUGUGUUAAGUUUUUCAUCUGUGCAUCAAAUCACAAAGAAUAAAUAGAUCUUUUUCCUUUAUCAGUCCCUUGGACACAGCAGGUCCUGAACACCUUGCUCUAGAAUGUUGCAUCAGGAGUUCCAAACAUCAAAAUAAAAAAUAUUAAGAGGAAAUCCCCAUCCUAUGACUCUAGUCCCUUCGGUCCAUGGGGGCUGGUUACCUCUUUUGAUAAUAGGAAGAUUAAAUUACUACAAAAUGGGGAGAAAACUGUUUGCCUGUGUUAGACAACCGCGAGCAUAGGAUUGAAGACAGUACAGGCUCCUGUACAGAGAAGUCUCUCCCAUCUGAACUGCAUACUGAGCGGGCAAGUUGGUUGUGAGUUCAGUAAAAACCCUCUGAUGAUGCAAAAAAAAAAAAAAAAAAAAAAAAAAAACAAAAAAAAGUAUUAAGUUUCACAAGCUGUUUGUACUCAAAUAUAUUUUCUCAGUUUCAGAUCCUCAGCUAUUUUAUUGAGUGGAAAGUCUUGAACUGAAAGGGUUCAAGAAGAAUAAUGUUGCAUUUCCUUAUGUCUCAGGAAACACUUUUUAUGGUAACUUGUCAGAUUGUCUAUGAACAAACCCACUUUUUUAGACAUUGAUAAAGUCUUCUUUUCUUCACGUGAUAUUUUAUACAAGAACACUUCAGGUGUGUUAUUAGAUGUGACUGAUUUUAACAAAUCCUAUUAGAUUUGUAUCAACUAGUUACAUGUUAUAUUCAUAGUCUUUUGUGAAUCAUCGCCUUUUUGUUUAAAAGAUGGCCUAUUUUGAGCCUUUGUAUAGGUACAUUCCUGUUUUUGUGACAAAAAAAAACCUUUAAAACUGUCCCAAACAGAAAAAUAAUGGCUAUCAGAAAUAUGUUUUGUUUUAGUGUGAGUUACCGUUACUGUAUUUGUUUAUUGUAAAGGUGGACAUUUAGCGUUCAGUGCAGUUUUCAAUAAAAAGUAAUAAAAAUUUGUUAAGCUCUGAAAUUCAAGUACAACUCACCAGUGUAAAAGUUCUCUCCUUGAGAUGUUUAAAGGCAACUGCAGUUUCAAUUAGCCAGUUUCCCAACUCUUGUUAUUCCGAGGUUCAAAGAUUUACAGUACUCUUCUAUCACCUACCUAUUCCAUAACCAGACGCAAGAAUGCUGAUAAUUACUUCAUGUGACAGUUUAAUUGAAAAAAUCAAAACUUCACAUAAGUCCAUCCUUAUCAAAUCAUGCCAUCCUUAAGAUGCAAUAGUGGGUUAGAACUAAGUCAAUUCAAGAAACAAAAUUGGUCAAGUUUUAGAAUUUUAAUUUACCCAAAAGCAAAAUUAUCUGGCUCAAGCAUUAAUGCAGGAAGGGAGGUGAAUGUCAAAAAAAAUUUUUUUAAUGGUAUUUACAAAGAAAUGUUGCAAAAUAAUUACCAGCCAUUUCCAUAGGUUAGGAACUUUCCGUUGAUUUUAUGGGUCUUCCUUCUUAAAUAGCAUUAAACCCCUUACUACUAGCGGUAUCUGCAAAUGUCAGUCACGACCAACAAUUCCAGGUACCGAACUCCUUUUCAGCCGCCUCCCCCCACCCUUUCCCAUUUAAAAAAAAGAAGUCAUGGCAACUUAAAGCAUCAAUCGCCUCACCUCACUCAUUUUAAGGUGGUGGUCCCAUCCCAACUCUCCCAUGAAAAAUUACAUUGAAACCACCUGACACGGAUAGAGAGAUCCUGGACAGAGAUAGAGCAAAUGGUUACUGACCUAUCACUCCGGGGAGCAGAGUGGCAGCUCAAGAUCAUCUUCACAACCACUUGUCAAACAGGCAAUCAGUGAGGGGGUGACGUAUGCACAAAAAGGAGACCCCAACCGCCUAUGCACAGCAAUAGUCCCUUAACACAGAUUAAGUCUGUGACACGAUGAGCCUAAAAACCAAAAACAUAAGAAGAUCCAAAUCCAUGGUGCACCUGGGUUUUAAUUGACAGAAAACACCACACUCUAUUCUCCCUAGAAAAAGAACCAUAAAGUCCAUACAGUUAAAGGUAUUACUGUCCAGAGUCAACCAAAAGACAUACAGUAUCUGUCACCCUGCCAUAUAUAAUCUGAGAAAGGACUGCAAACUCUAUCUUGGGACAACAGUUAUGGCUGUUUGAUAGUUCAAAAGCUUAACAUAGCACUGAUUCACCAGAAUGUUGGCCUUUACCAGCCAAUCUGCUGUGAAAACCAUUUAAAGCCCCAUCCCUGUCUGGAGCCUAAGAAAUGGAGUCAUAUAUAUAUAUAUAUAUAUAUAUAUGUGUGUGUGUGUGUGUGUGUGUAAUUCUUUCCCACAGGGAAGAAUGCUGUACCUGUUAAACUAGAUGUGGUCAGGGUCACUGAUCUAUAAAUAAAUAAAUAAAGAGGCACCUCAGGGGACACACCACGCAGCAAACAACACACGGAGGCUAAGGCUAAAGACCGAGCCUGCAGUUUUCUAAACAGCACUGACUGUAAUGUAGACCCUAGCAACUAGAUGCUUUUCCCUCAAACAUUUCUCUUCGGCUUCUUGAACUGGGAGAGCAGUUUUUGCUUAACAGCAACUGGAACAGGAUGUCUGGCCACUAAAGAAUUCUCUCCCUAUAUAUGGAGAAAAGUUUAUAGGGAUGCUGUGCUAUGUAAUCAGAAUGGCAGCCUUCUAAAAAUUAAUUCUGUCCAAAAUGAAAGCAAACCAUAGAGUCAAUUUGUAAGAAAACAUUAACCAUUUGAAACAGUAACAUACACCAUUAUUACAUCAAAAUUCAUUCAUAUGGAAUCAAAUUGCAAAUAUUUUUCCUGCAAGUUCUAGCAUGCAGCAAAAGCGAUCAUCCUGGGAACACGUUUCAAGGAGUGUUCAGAGAGGGAAGAAAGAACUAAAGAGAUGACAUCUCAUAGGUAAUUUUCUAUUUUUAGUAUUCCAGCAUCAAAUCUGAUGUUGUGCACAUUUCAAUAGCAUCUAAACAGAACUUAAGAAGAAAACAAGAAGUAAAUAUUUCAAGGUUUUCACAGACUUUUCAUCAAGGGAAGGAAAGGGUGUGUGUGUGUGUGUGUGCGCGCGCGCGUGCGUGUGCGUGUGUGUGUAGGGCUUCUUUCCAAAUUCCUUGCCACAUCAAUAGUCUACAAAGUGCUUACCAGGACACUAAAUAAGUCUUUUUGUGUUCCUGAGAUAGGUCUGAAAUUUUUACCCAGUUUUGAAUGUAUACCUGAAGUGGUCAAAUAAUACUUUUUGUAGAAAGUUUUCCUACCUAAGAUUAUAGUCUUAACUUUAAAUAAGAAUGGCCACAAUUAAUCAACAUGCAAAACUUCUCAGACUACUCACUGAGAAAUUCAUUAUACAAUGCAUUUACCACCUUACUGCGUUCUUAAAUCUUUAUUCUAUACUGAACUGAUAUUCCCAAUUAGCCCAAGCGAAGGCAUGCCUUUCUAACACAAUUUGCCUAAAGCAGAGUUGAUGAUAAAAGACAGUAAGACUCCACAGACCCUAUGCAUGGCAACCUGGGAGAGUAUAACAUUGUCAACAGAGUCAAGUGGGCAAAGUUCACACGAUUCAUUCAGUUACAUACGAGUGGACCGGCUCCCCCGAGCACUCCCCUCACUUACAUCCACCAAGUAACGAUUCACAAAGAGACUGCUACCCAGAGUCUGGGAGAAGAAGCCCCAUCUUAAGGGCACUCUUCCAAACAAAUAAAUACCUAAGCACUGAAAAGGGGCAUAUCAGAAA